AUGCUAGCAACUCAAAUAAUUGCAAGUAGUCAGCCAUCAAAAUCGAUCUCAACACUUCAUUCACUAUCAUCAGAUGAUGUAAUACAAAAUGCAACAGUUGAACAUUUGUCUAUAAUGUCAACGAUAGAAAAUCAACAUCAUCAUCAUCAACAACAACAACAGCAACACCAACAUAUAAAAAUAGGAAAAUAUUAUUUAGAAAAAACAAUUGGAAAAGGAAAUUUUGCCGUUGUUAAAUUGGCGACGCAUUGUGAGACAAAUCAAAAAGUAGCAAUAAAAAUUAUUGAUAAAUGUCGACUCGAUGCAAAUGAACAAAAGAAGUUGGAACGGGAAAUAGCUGUAAUGAAAUCUCUCUCACAUCCUUAUAUCAUUCGAUUAUAUGAAGUUAUGGAAUCUAAAAGUCUUAUUUAUUUGGUAACAGAAUAUGCUGCUAACGGUGAAGUAUUAGAUCUACUUAUACACGAAAAACGUUUAAGUGAAUGUAAAGCACGUGAAAAAUUUAAACAAUUAGUUAUUGCUGUGGAUUAUGUUCAUUCAAUGAAUAUUGUACAUCGGGAUCUUAAAGCCGAAAAUCUGUUACUAGAUAGUAAUAAUAACAUUAAAGUAGCAGAUUUUGGUUUUGCUACUGUAUUUGAAACAAAUUCACAUUUACGAACAUUUUGUGGCUCUCCACCAUAUGCUGCUCCAGAAUUAUUUCAAUGUUUACCGUAUAAUGGCCAAAAAGUGGAUGUUUGGAGUCUCGGCGUUCUAUUGUACGUGUUCGUUUGUGGACAUUUACCGUUUGAAAGUAACAAUAUAAUUGAAUUACGUAAACGCGUAUUAUCUGGUCAAUUUCGUUUACCAUUUUAUAUUAAUGCCGAUUGUAGUUCAUUAAUUACAAACAUGCUUAAUAUUGAUCCAGAUAAACGUUAUUCGAUACAAGAUGUUAUUAGACACCCAUGGAUGUCACCAUGUCUAUCCGAUCCAGAUUUUGCUGCUGUUUUAAAUUCACAAAAUUUGAUACAACCUCCAGUAACGGAUCAUAUUAACGAUGUUAUUUUGAAUCAAGCUGAAUCCCUUGGAUAUAAUCGUUCGCAGAUACUUAAGUCCGUUAGUGGCAAUUCUUAUGAUAGUGACGCAGCCAUUUAUCAUUUAUUACUUGAAAAAUUUCAACAAAAAUUUCAUAUUGAUAAUAAGAAUAACAACCAUAAUCAAACAACAUCAGAUUCAACAAACGAUACUAUUCCAACAAUUACAUCAUCACCAUUUGAACAUAGUCAAUUAUUUACUUCAAAUUACACUGAUGGGCCAAGUAAGUCAAAUGCCCUUGAUCUACUGGAUGUUUCAAAUAACAAUCAAAUUGCACGUCGUUCAACGGCACCUGUAUUGUUUGAUACACUAUUGAAUCAAGGCAAAUUAGUUUAUUCAAAACCAAAUCCGGCUCAUGCAUCGUUUCGACCGGAACUCGAUCCAUGUGAUUUAGAUGAAACAUCUCUAGAUAAUAAUGAGCGUCGUAAUACAAUUACCGAAAUUCGGGUUGAAAAUGCUGAAGAAGAAUUAGAAAAUGAAAGUGAUGAAGAUGAAACAAGCGACGAAGAGGAUGAACAAGAUGAAGUGGAAUGUCAGACUUCGCGAGAACAUUAUUUUAAUACGACACACGGUCUUCGUCGACACACAAUCGGCAAACCAAAUUUAUUAUCAAGCUUAGGUCAUGUGGGUCCUAUUCCAUCAUUAGCAGCGAAAGUACGUUUUAUUCAUAACUCUCAAAAACAACAACAGUCACUAACUAGAUUAGACACGCCGUCUAUCGAACCAUCUAUUCUUAUCAAUCGUCUUUCAUCACUUCAACAACAAAAAUCUAAUGAUUUGACAGCGUCGUCGGAUAAAGGGCGCUCUCCGCCCGCAUUGUUUUCACAUCAUCAACGAAAUCCACAUUCAAACAGUUAUAAUGGGUUCAAAUUUAAUUCGACAAUGGCAAUGUCGGAUGAUUAUAACAAUUUGCACGAACAAGGACAGAAGAAUAAUUUCAAUAAUUGUCUACUUGCACCUCCAAUGUCAAAUAACUUCAAUAUGAAUCGUCGGGCUAGCGAUAGUGGUGCACAUCUUCAAAUGUUUCAACAACUACACGAUGUACCAACUGUCAGUUUUGGAGCCAUACAAUCGACGACACCAUCAUCAUCAAACCGUUCAUCACGUGGCAGUAUCACUCGUGGUUUACCUGGUUUACAGCCUCCUGUUUCUACAUUACCGAGUGAAGAAGAUGAGGGAGAAAACGUUGCCAGAUAUUUACAACGUGGUAAACGACACACAGUAUGUGAUCAGACAUCAUUUCUGACAUCAAAACCUAGACGUGGACGUGACUCAACAAAAGAAAUAUAUGGUGAACGAUCAUUUUCACGUCGUGCCAGUGAUACAAAUCCAAAUCCACUAACACCAUCGAUAAAAGCCCACCUCGAACACUUAUACAAUACAGCUGUUGGAUCACAGUCAAAUGACGGUGAUGAAGAUGUAACAACAUCAAGUUUACAAGAACUUCAAAAGCUUCAACGACAAGUUCAAAAAUAUCCGCAAACGUCGCAGUUUACUAUUCCAAAUGAAACAACACGUCGAACAGCUGCACCCUCACCAACAAAUGCAUCUGUUUUACAUAUGAUACAAGAGGAACAUCAUCUUCCCACAAUCGAUCAUUAUCCAAGCUUACCAAAUUCACUUUCAACAAUCUCACAAAGUACUAUUAAUAGAACAUUAUCAAGUGAUUCUGUUAAUAAUCAAGAAACAUCAAUGGAUUACGAAUGUGACCAUAGACAAACGACAAUACCAACGUUUUCGUAUUCUCAUUAUAAUAAUAAAUUGCAAAAUAUUUCAAUGUUUGCAAAUCCAUUUUUCCUUCCACAGCAACCUCCUCUCUAUUUUACUUCUCCAAUGUUUCUCGAACAUUUAAAUACUCCAUCAACAACAUCUUAUUCUCCUUGA